AUUCGAUAUCAGUUACGAGUUGGCCACAUCAUCCGAUAGAAAGCAAAAAAGUGCAAUCGUAAAAUACUACUUCUCGACCAAAAUGAAAUCCGUCGUGUUCGCCCUCAUCCUGGUAUCGUUCGGUGCGCUGGUCAUUAGCCAGAGCCACAACUACUUCUGGGGUUACAAGGGACCGUACGAUGUCCUGCUGAAUCGCACCUUCGCCAUCAAGUCCUCGUCCAUCCUGCAAGUGAAGACCAUGGACCUGGUCUAUCCGCUGAAGGGUCAAGUAGGUCGUAACAUUUCGGCCAUCAAUAUCACCGACCAGUACACCAACGGCAAGGGUGGAUACGUAAACUUGUUGGCUGGUGGCAUCGGUUACAAUCACACAAAGAUUCACUUGAAAUCACAACGAGGCAACGGAUUCAGCUUUAUCGUGGAAAUUUAUGGCCGAUAAUUUCGCUCGAUGGCUGGGGUUUCUGAUUGCUUUAUGAAGAAAGCGGGGUGUAGCGUGGUAAUAAUUGUACUAUCUGUUUGGUGCUGUUUGAUAAUAUUGAUUCAAUCAAUGUUACCGGUUCAGUUUCGUAAUGAGCAAAAUGUUAUUUAUUGAAUGGUAUUAAGAUCUGCAAUAAAAUAAUAAACACGA